AUGUAAACUAGUCUUAUGUCCAAAGCAGAAUAAAUUUUUGGAGAUCUGAGUUUGCUCGACUCUACAAAAGUCAUGCAUUCUCAUGCAGUAGUCUUGAAAGAUUCAAAACUGAAUUAAAUAGUAUUUGGAGCUCCAGGCGCACCCUGUUGCAGCUUAGAUCUGUAUUUCUUCAAUCUACUCAGAAUAAGAGCACAGUGCAUGAUUACUUCUGGGAAAAUAGUCAGAAAUGAUCCUUAUGCCUUUAAUACUGACUUUCACCUUAAGAAAAAUGGAUUAGAUGAAGAUGAUUUUUUCAACUACUUAGAUGAGCAGCACUAGUAAAUGAGUACUAAGCCUUUGGCCAUCAUCACCAGAACAUUGAAAACAAACUUUUUUGAAGAUGCUAUAGUCUUAAAAGAUCUUAGAUUCCUAAAGCUUGUAAUAACUGAAGAGCGCAUAGCCUAAGAAUAUCUCAAGAGUCAGGAAUAGGAAUGGAAAAUUAGCCAAGAUUUAGUGAAGAGGAGACUUAGAGAAGACUAUAACAUUUAACUUACCGGGAUUUAAGAUUUUAAUUUCACAAAAGCGGUAGAAUUUAUCAGCUAAGAUUAAGAGUUGCAACCUAUUCUCUCUGAACUUGGGGCUGCUACCUUCAGAACUUAAUACAUCAACAACCAUUCUACCAAUCCAGUUGAUUUACUUUAUUUAGGAAUAUACAAUGGCCAGGCAGACGAUAGUCAAAUCGGAUUGGAACUAUCAACUUUAGAUCAGAUCAUUUCAUAAUAUGACUUGCAGAAGUAAAGUAAAUUAUAUCCCUAGGAGGAUGGGAGAGGAAAAUGGCUUUUGACUAUAUGGACUAAAAGGUAGACAGAACUGCAUUCUUAGGAUACCAUAUAGGAGAUCAAGGAUAAACUUACAUAGCAAUUUGAAUGUAAUUGA